CCCGAGCGGAAGCGCCUGGAGCGGAAGCGGAAGUGAACGAGGCGGCUGUGGCGGUGGCUGAGGCUGCUGGGCCUAGGGUGCAGCGGGCGUGUUGCGGCUGGUGUUGGCGCAUCUCUAGAUCCUUUCCCGGAGUUCAGUUAUGGGUGUGAGAGGUUUGCAAGGAUUUGUGGGAAGUACCUGUCCACAUAUAUGUACAGUUGUGAAUUUCAAAGAACUGGCAGAGCACCACCGAAGCAAGUAUCCUGGAUGUACCCCUACCAUUGUGGUUGAUGCCAUGUGUUGUCUCAGAUACUGGUAUACUCCAGAGUCUUGGAUCUGCGGUGGCCAGUGGCGAGAAUACUUUUCUGCUUUGCGAGAUUUUGUUAAAACUUUUACGGCGGUUGGGAUCAAGUUGAUAUUCUUCUUUGAUGGCAUGGUGGAGCAGGAUAAGAGAGAUGAAUGGGUGAAACGACGGCUCAAGAACAAUAGGGAGAUAUCCAGGAUUUUUCAUUACAUCAAGUCACACAAGGAGCAGCCAGGCAGAAAUAUGUUUUUCAUCCCCUCAGGGUUAGCUGUGUUUACACGAUUUGCUCUAAAGACACUGGGCCAGGAAACUUUGUGUUCCUUACAGGAAGCAGAUUAUGAGGUAGCUUCCUAUGGCCUCCAGCAUAACUGCCUUGGGAUUCUGGGGGAAGACACUGAUUACCUAAUCUAUGACACUUGUCCCUACUUUUCAAUUAGUGAGCUCUGCCUAGAGAGCCUGGACACUGUCAUGCUCUGCAGAGAGAAGCUCUGUGAGAGUCUGGGCCUCCGUGUAGCCGACCUUCCUCUUCUGGCCUGCCUCCUUGGCAACGACAUAAUCCCAGAGGGCAUGUUUGAAAGCUUUAGGUACAAAUGCUUAUCAUCCUACACCUCUGUAAAGGAGAACUUUGACAAAAAAGGUAACAUCAUAUUAGCUGUGUCAGACCAUAUAUCGAAAGUUCUUCACUUGUAUCAAGGUGAGAAAAAAUUAGAAGAGUUAUUACCUCUGGGACCAAACAAAGCUCUUUUUUAUAAAGGAAUGGCAUCAUAUCUUUUACCAGGACAGAAAUCUCCAUGGGUUUUCCAAAAACCCAAAGGUAUACUAACUUUGGACAAGCAAGUAAUAUCCAUGAGUUCGGACCCUGAGUCCAGGGAAGAAGUUCCCAUGUGUUCAGACCCUGAAUCCAAGCAAGAAGUUCCCAUGUAUUCAGACCCUGAACCCAGGCAAGAAGUUCCCAUGUGUACAGGCCCUGAAUCCAGGCAAGAAGUUCCCAUGUGUUCAGACCCUGAAUCCAGGCAAGAAGUUCCCAUGUGUUCAGACCCUGAAUCCAGGCAAGAAGUUCCCACGUGUUCAGACCCUGAACCCAGGCAAGAAGUUCCCAUGUGUACAGGCCCUCAAUCCAGGCAAGAAGUUUUAAUAUGGACAGACCCUGAAUCUAGGCAAGAAAUUUUGUGUACAGGCCAUGAAUCCAAACAGGAAGUUCCCAUAUGUACAGAUCCUAUAUCCAAGCAAAAAGACUCCAUGUGUACACACCCUGGAAUCAAUCAAAAAUUACCUGUAGCAACAGAUUUUGAAUUUAAGCUAGAAGCUCUCAUGUGUACAAACCCUGAAAUUAAACAAGAAGACCCCACGAAUGUGGGGCCUGAAAUAAAGCAGCAAGUAACCAUGGUUUCAGACACUGAAAUCUUAAAGAUUGCUAGAACACAUCAUGUCCAAGCAGAAAGCUACCUGGUGUACAACAUCAUGAGCAGUGGAGAGAUUGAAUGCAGCAACACCCUGGAAGAUGAGCUUGACCAGGCCUUACCCAGCCAGGCCUUCAUUUACCGUCCCAUCCGACAGCGAGUCUACUCACUCUUACUGGAGGAUUGUCAAGAUGUUGCCAGCACCUGCCCAGCUGUCAAGGAGUGGUUUGUAUAUCCUGGGAACCCACUGAGGCACCCGGACCUCGUCAGGCCACUGCAGAUGACUGUUCCAGGGGGAACGCCUAGUUUGAAAAUAUUAUGGCUGAACCAAGAGCCAGAAAUACAGGUUCGGCGCUUGGACACACUCCUCGCCUGUUUCAACCUUUCCUCCUCAAGAGAAGAACUGCAGGCUGUCGAAAGCCCGUUUCAAGCUUUGUGCUGCCUCUUGAUCUACCUCUUUGUCCAGGUGGACACUCUUUGCCUGGAGGAUUUGCAUGCGUUUAUUGCGCAGGCCUUGUGCCUCCAAGGAAAAUCCACCUCGCAGCUUGUAAAUCUACAGCCUGAUUACAUCAACCCCAGAGCUGUGCAGCUGGGCUCCCUUCUCGUCCGCGGCCUCACCACUCUGGUUUUAGUCAACAGCGCGUGUGGCUUCCCCUGGAAGAUGAGUGAUUUCAUGCCCUGGAAUAUAUUUGAUGGGAAGCUUUUUCAUCAGAAGUACUUGCAGUCUGAAAAGGGUUAUGCUGUGGAGGUGCUUUUAGAACAAAAUAGAUCUCGGCUCACCAAAUUCCACAACCUGAAGGCAGUCGUCUGCAAGGCCUGCAUGAAAGAGAACAGACGCAUCACCGGCCGAGCCCACUGGGGCUCACACCAUGCAGGGAGGUGGGGAAGACAGGGCUCCAGCUACCACAGGACGGGCUCUGGGUAUAGCCGUUCCAGUCAGGGACAGCCGUGGAGAGACCAGGGACCAGGAAGCAGACAGUAUGAGCAUGACCAGUGGAGAAGGUACUAGUCGUCCUCCAGGUAAGUUCACCACCCGCAUCUCCAGAAGAAAUCAGUCACGUCUGUCUUUAUAACAUAAAUCUUCAUAUCAAGUACCAAAGUAAACAGGACUCAGAUAUUGAAUCCCGCUGACCUGGUGCCGAGUUAACUUGGUUUCAAGACACGCUUGCUUCCUCCAGAAAGAGCGUGGAGAGAAAAAGAGGCACACCUGGACGCAGAGCCCUGCCAGCGCCCUCCUCUGCUGUCGCAGCUGCAAGGAGGCCAUGCCUGUGGGAGCCAGGCCUCGCUUGCAUGAAGAAGGAAAGAUGCCUUUUCAGUGGUGCCUCCUCCCGUCAUGCAGAAGAGCUUUUGUUGGCUUCUCUCGCGAGCUUGUGCCUGAUUCUGUGGCCCAAAACAAUCAUUGUUAAUACCUUCGUGUAUUUCAUUCUGAUCUUUCAUUCAUAUAUAUGCCUAGCUAAUUUCAUUUUAAAAUAAAUGGGAUCUGUUGUAUUCUGAUUUUUUAUUAACAACACUAGAUUAUGAGGGAUUGUCUCCUGUUAUUAAAAAGUCAGAAAACACUGUACAGUAGUCCUCCCUUAUCUGCGGGAGAGACAUCCCAAGACCCUCAGUGGAUGCCUGAGACUGUGGAUAGUAUGUGUGGAACCCUACAUAUAUGUAUACACAUGGCUUUUUCCUCUACGUACAUACUGUGGCAAAGCUUAACAAGGAACAGUAAGAGAUUAACAGCAGUCAAUAACUAAUAAAAGUUAUGUGAAUGUGGUCUCUCUCAAAAUAUCAUACUGUAAUCACCCUUCUUGCUAUCUGAAAACCAAGAAGACUAAUGGUUGGAGAAGCUGGAUGAGGGGCUGAUUCAUGUCCCGGGCAUGACAGAGCAGGAGGCACAAAGUUUCAUCACACUAUUCACAAUGGCGAGCAAGUUAAAAUGGAUUUCCCAUUUAAUGUUUUCAGACUUGAGUUGACCAUGAGUAACCAAAACCCCAGAAAGUGAAGCUGGGCAUAUUUCAGAAAUUCUUUUUUAAUCAGAAAUUCUAAUCAAACUUAAGUUUCCAACUAUGUGUUCUCUUGGUCCUCAGAAGUGUUUGAACAGAAAAGUAACAACUAACGUCCCACCUUUCUGGUGGAAGAGUUAAUUCUGCCUGGAGGGUUCUGCCUGGGAGACAUGACAGCAUGUGUGUGACUCCUGUGUCUGUUUCUGUGGAGUCAUCCCUUUCAUUUCAUUUUGCCAGGGCCUGGCUCAGGAUUUUCAGUGGCAGUGCCUGUGAAGACAGGCCUGGCUCUCCAUGCAGUCACACAGGAAAUCCACAGAGAACGUGCUGAGAGCAGCCGGCAGCUGUGCUGCCAGCAGGCCUGGUUUAUGAUGCUGCAAGUGAAUGGCACAUUUGUUCCUCUUUAUCUCUGAGCAUUCGAGGCUUUUGUUUUUUAAAAAAAAUUAAGUUCAGAGUAAUCCUUUUCAUGGAAGAAUCUUCAGGUCAUCCAAGAAUGGAAAUUUUAAGCCCCAGAUUGUAUGGAGCUGUACCUGUGGCGAAAGGAAUGGCCAGGGUGUUGAUGAUAGAAAAGAUUCAGAUGAGGAGUUAGAAGGCCAGCCCUCUGUGGGAGGCCGUCUUCCAGAAACCUCGAACUCAUGUCUCUCUCCACCGGAGAAAGGAGAGGAGAAGCUGGUGUGACCCCCCGUCCCGCUGGGCCGCGCUGUGGCUCAGAAGAUGCCCAGGGUCCUUAGGAGGUGCUCACUUCUGUCACCUGAAGACGCUUCCUUCUGGUUAUUGCUCUUUAAAAACAAAAUAAGUCCCUGAACGUGUUUGCAGGCCCGUUUGUGUGCCUGCACUUGACGAAUCACCUUGACCAAUAGGCCAAAGGCACAGAGCUCCAAAGCGUCAUCUUUCCUUAAAAUCCUGAGUGUUCACUAAAAAGGGACACGACCUCUGGGUAUUUUAUGACAUUUGUAUUUCUUACAUUUGAAAUAUCCUAACCACUCCCUUCAGUUUCUUCUUAAGGACAUUUACAUCUAAUUAUUUUCCAUGCAAGUCUUGUAAGACCCACAUUUUUUCCUAGCUUUGGAAAUAGAUUUUUUUCAUUGCUCUUGUGAGGAUUUCCUUAUGUCAGUAAAUAUUAACUUUCUAUUUCUUCCAUUUUUGCUCAUUUGAAACCCCUGCUGCUUCUAGAUCUAUUUCUUUGCACUUGUAUAACUUUGAAAUAAAUUCCUCAUCCCUUAGACUAAGAGAGUGAGCUCUAUGAAAAUUGUUUUCUCCUUCAUAAUACCUAAAUUCUAGUUUGUCAAUGAAAUAUUUGUGUCUGGUUAACAAGCCUUAUUUAAGCCAUUAAGUUAAUAUAAUCUUUAUUACACUUGAAGAACCAGAGAACUGAAUUUUUUGUCAUUCCAAUAUGUAAGUUAACACUGCAGUCAAGUCUUAUGAUGAAAUUUCCGUGUAUCAAAUUGAAAGUAAAGCAAAAUAUGUUUAUUACUCA